ACACAAAAUAAAAACAAACCUUACGUGGCUCAUCUCCAGGCAAUCAGAGAACACUAUUUAUCGGUGGACGUCGGCAUCGCGGACGCGAGAAACGAUAACACUCGCCGGUGCUCUUGCCAAAGUCAACGGGUGCCAAGCUUCCGCUUGAGACUUCAGGACAGCCGGACUAUUGAACAUGUUGCGCCAGCUCCGAAACUUCUCGACGGCGAGAGUUUUUUUAGCUGCUCCGAGGACCGGCGUUCUCAUGAUGAACAUGGGAGGACCGCAAACCCUUGGCGAAGUGGAGGGCUUCCUCACAAAACUUUUCGCGGACAAGGACAUCAUAGACAUGCCCCUUCAGAGGUUCUUAGGACCAAUGAUCGCGAGACGCAGGACCCCGAAAGUCCAAAAGAAAUACGAGGAAAUCGGCGGAGGUUCUCCCAUUUAUAAGUACACGCAGAAACAAGGCGAUCUCAUGGUGGAACUUCUGGACUCCAUGUCACCGUCCAGUGCACCUCACAAAGCCUACGUUGGCUUCCGGUACGCCUCACCCUUCAGCAGCGACGCCCUCGAUCAGAUCAAAAAAGACGGUGUCAAACGAGUGGUGGCUUUCUCUCAAUACCCGCAGUAUUCGUGUUGCACUACGGGAAGUUCUCUCAACCAGCUGCAGCGAGAGGUUAAUGGCGAUCCUGAGCUCAGCGACGUGCAGUGGAGUUUCAUCGAUCGAUGGAGUCUGAACGAGGGUCUCAUAGACGCGUUCGUCGAGUCGAUAGAGAACGAAGCGAAGAAAAUCCCCAAGGAGCAGCUAGAUGAGCUAGUGCUGGUCUUCACCGCCCACUCACUCCCGCUGAAAAUUGUUGCGAGGGGGGACACUUAUCCAUCAGAAGUCGGAGCGACCGUCUUGGCCGUCAUGAAGAAACUCAAACACCGUUAUCCACAUAGACUCGUUUGGCAAUCGAAAGUAGGCCCGGUGCCCUGGUUGGCCCCCAAAACAGACGAGGCCAUCAAAGGCUUCGCAUCGAGGGGCCGCAAUACUUUGAUGAUGGUGCCGAUCUCAUUCGUCAACGAGCACAUAGAGACACUGCACGAGCUCGACAUAGAAUACGGGGACGAUCUCGCCAAGGAGCUCAAGCUGGAGAAAAUCUAUAGGGCGGAGGCUCCGAACUUCAACAAACAUUUCAUUCGCGGUCUCGCCGAUGAAGUUAAGAAUCAUCUCGAUUCGAACAUUCGUGUAUCUCCGCAACUGGGAAUGCGAUGUCCCCAUUGCGUCAACCCGGAAUGCAUCAAGCUGCGGCACUGGUUGAGGAAAUGUUGAAGGAUUGUCAGCUGAGAAACGGUAGUGCAAUAUGUACGAUUGGAGCUUUGUCGGAACUCAUCUUCUGGCGACUCAUGACGGGAGAAUAAAUCUUGUGACCGACUCCUAGAGU